AUGACUAAAGACAUCGUCUGGAAAGCCAUACGGCUCUCUCCAAAGGAACUUUCGGUUGCCAGAGUUUUGCGCUGCGGACAAGCCUUCCGCUGGAAAUACGUGGACGACAUCUGGUCCUGUACGAUCCAGAACAGAGUGCUGCUUCUGAAACAGGACGACACGUUUCUCCACUACGCAUCUAUCCCGCACCUGAAGGACACGGAGGAGGUGGUCAUGGACUACUUCAACCUGUCUAUCAGGCUCGAGGAGCUGUACCUUGACUGGGCUUCCAGAGAUAAGCAUUUUACGAAGAACUCUGAAAAUUUCGGCGGGAUACGUAUGCUCAGACAAGAUCCGUGGGAAAACCUUGUGUCGUUUAUCUGCUCAACCAACAACAACGUGAAACGGAUCUCGAAAAUGUGCGAAAAUUUGUGUAUUCACUAUGGCGAUUUUUUGGUCGAGUACCAGGGGAUCAAACACUACAAAUUCCCUGAACCUGAGCGUUUAGCCCAGCCAAAUGUCGAGGCUGAACUGCGUACGCUUGGAUUUGGCUACCGAGCAAAGUUUAUCCAGCAAACAGCCCAAAUGCUUACCAAGAAAGACGAGUUUGCGAAACUGUACUCGAUGAGAACGGAACCCCAUAAAACGUGCCAUGAGUAUCUCCAGACGUUCAUGGGCGUCGGCCCUAAAGUUGCCGAUUGCGUGUGUUUGAUGUCCCUGGAUAAACACGAUGUCGUUCCUGUGGACACUCAUGUUUUCAAGAUUGCUACCAAAACCUACCGCAUGCCAGGAAAACUAUUAAAUAAAGACCUUUACGCGCAAAUCCAAGACAAAUUCAAGCAGUUAUGGGGUGAGUACGCUGGCUGGGCUCACUCGGUGCUUUUUGCUGCUGAUCUGCGGGAUCUGAACAACGGAAUCAAUAUAAAAACGGAAAAAUAGAAUGGAGUUUAUUAAUUUUGUACUUAGAGCACAAUAUUCUUGGCCAGUUUGGCCUUAUACUGCCCGAUAGUACCAUCCCAUCUGGUUGCCGUUUGGUUUUCAACAACGUAAAUAUCCUUUGCAAUCUUGUCCAGCAAUCUGAAAUCGUGGGACACGACACAAACUCCUCCGUUGAAGCUGUUGAUGGCCUCGGCCAGGGAAUCGAUUGUUGGGAUGUCCAAACCGUUAGUAGGCUCGUCCAGCAACAAAACAUUAGGAUGUUCAAGGGCCAACAGAGCGAAAACCACUCUGGAUCUCUGUCCCUCUGACAAUGUGGCCAUUUGCGAGGUUUGACCUUCACCAGUCAGACCAAAUCUUCCCAGUUGGCCUCUCCAGUACUGGAAGUCCUGGGAAAUGUGCGAAAACUUGUCCCUGACGAACUCCAAAGGCGUUUUCGUGAGGUCAAGCUGGUCAGCAGAGUGCUGCGAAUACACACCAAUCUUCAAGUGGGUGUGCUUGGACACUCUUCCCUUUUGGGGCUGAAGCUCACCCGUCAUAAGCUUCAACAGCGUGGACUUACCCACACCGUUCGGUCCAACCAAUGCGAUUCUCGAGUCCAUAUCGACUCCAAACGAAAGGUCCUUGUACAGGUAGUGUUCUGGGUUUCCGUCGUAAGCGAAUGAAAUGUCGUCGAACGAAAGCACCGGUGGAGGAAGUCUUUCCACUUCUGGGAACUUGAACGUGAAAACCUUGUCCGGGACCACUGGCUGGAUCAGACCAUCGGCUUCCAUCUUAUCAAGGAUUUUCUGUCUGGACUUGGCCUGUCUCACCAGGUUGGCAUACGUACCAGCAGAAGCGAUGAAUUUCUUGAUGUGUUGGAUUUCUUCUUGCUGUUUGUAGUAUUGUUUCAUUUGGUUGGUCUCCAACUCGGUUCUUGUCUUAACGUAGGCGUCGUAGUUACCACCGUACUGGGUAAUCUUCUUCAUUCUCAUGUCGAUCAUGUUGGUGCAGACUCCAUUCAAAAAGUCCUCAGAGUGCGAAACAAGAAUCAAAGUUUUGUCGAAAAGCUUCAAGUACUCCUCCAACCACACACAGGCCUCCAAGUCCAAGUGGGCAGUAGGGUCGUCCAGCAGCAACAACGUAGGCUUAACAAACAGGGCCUUGGCAAGAGCAACUCUCAUUCUCCAUCCACCAGACAUGUCCUUGGUCUUCUUCUUGAUGGUCUGAGCGUUGAAGCCGAGACCAGUAAGGAUGACAGCCGCUCUGGCUUCGAAAGUGGAUGGGUCCAUCUCAUCAAUCUUUUCGUACAGAGGCUCCAACAAUGGUGAUUCUGGUCCGUCGUUGACAAUAAUAUCUUCAACUUCUUUUUCCAAACGAGCAAGCUCAGAUUCGGCCUCUCUCACAACCCAGUCCAGGGCAGAGUAUUCAGAGGCAUUGGCUGGCUCGUUCAAUAGAUAAACAUCGAUGUGUUCUGGAAUUGGGUACUCUCUGGCGGCAAGAGCCCUCAGGAAAGUGGACUUACCGCAACCGUUCUCUCCAAGCAAUCCGUAACGUCUACCAUAGUUCAAUUCCAAAGAGGAGUCUUGCAAAAGAACUUUACCGUGGAAAAGAAGCGACACAGACGACAUCUUGAUAUCUCUGGAGGUCUCCAAAGAGUCUAACACACCUGUGGUAACUCUGUCACUCAAUCCAUCCUUGUCCUGUUGCAACUUGAGCUUUUCGAUCUCAUCUGCUGCUGAAGAGACAUCUCCGCCGGACUCGAGCUUUUCCUUUUCCUUCUUGGUCAGCUUCUUGGUCUUGAGCUUUCCCUCGGCAGCCUUGGCAGCCUUCUUGGCCUCUCUCUUUGCUUUCGAAGCAGAAACAGUCGACAUGGUCAAAGGUACCAAAUUAUUUUUUAAAAAUUUUUACGGUCGUGGAGGUCUGUAAAAAGUCGUAAAAAGUCGAUUUCGUUCUAUGCACGUGAUGGCGACCCAUGUGAUAUGUACAAUCGGGUGCUCCAUUUGACAGCUAGAACUGCCCGCUGAAGCUGAAGUCGCCGAAAAUCUGGGUCAUCUCCUCUUCCAGCAUGUCAUGGAGUUUAACCCCGUCCCGAAUACUGAUCCAUUCGCCGUCCAACAGGUCGAACCUCUUUGGGCCAGAGAUCGGAGAGCUCAGCCAUAGUUGUUUAUUAGGCGGCUGCUUGUUGAGCACGUACGAGCCUUGGGGGGUAUUGAGGGUCAAUAUGCCAGCCUGAAGUUAGUUGUAUGUAGCCACUCAUACUUACGCUUUCCUCGACGUCGGCGUCGGAGAUGUUGUGCUCGUCGAAGAACCCGUCCAGAUCGCAGUAGAUUGUUUCCAGGGUCUCGCUUGCACUUGUGUCAUACUGCUCCAUUGUGAGGCUCCGCACGCUCUCCGGGAUGUCUGCGCCAUCGGUCCUGGCCGAGAUGGAGUUGCAGCGAGCACUUUGGCAUGUUGGCAGCGCCAUUUGCACAUUGUGUCCACGUACAGCUGGCCGAGCAGUCAGGACAACAGCCCUAGUCAGAAAUCUCCCGGAACGGAGUAGUGUUCUUGCGUUUCUCAUCGGCCUAUUAAAAUCAAGUUUUUCCAAAGAUGCUAAAAUGCAGUCGACCCGCCGAUCGACGGCCAUAGGUGCAUAAAAUGCCACUCUGAUAACAUGCAAAGUUUUUUGCAAUCAGGUCUAAAAAGGGAAGGUCCACCACUAUAAAUUCUCUGAACAAGGUUACUGCACACAGACCGCGGCUAUGGAGCCAAUAAAAAGCGUUUUCGGGCUUUGUUCAUCAACUGCAGCUCAAUCUCCACAUAUCGCUUCUGCAACGUCAGCUUCGUUGCCGCCAAAGCUUGUCCACCGAUAAGAAGUCUAAGCACAGCCCUUUGACGAUAUGCACUUUUUUAAGUUUUUUGAUAAGGUCUCUAUAUAUAGACACCGUUCAGUCUUGUCCAGCAUUUUGCAUCAUGGCCCCGAACGUUGACCCUGUCCGGUCCACCGCCACGAUCCUCUCGGUGGACCAAAUGCACGUCACCUCUGUUCUGUCCAACAGGUCGCAGAAAAUCCUCGUGGAUCACCCCGUCGACAAGGACGAGGCGGUAAUUCUGGCCCUCGGUUACAAGCAGGAGUUCAAAAGAGAGUUCUCGCUCAUCACCACGUUCGGAGUCUCGUUUUCCGUGCUCGGUCUGCUUCCCUCGAUCGCGUCCACCUUGUGGUACUCGCUUGCCUACUCCGGCAAUGCAGGCCUCACCUGGGCGUAUCUGGUCGGCAUGAUCGGCGUCAUGGCCGUUGCCUGCUCCAUGGCCGAGAUCUCAAGCGCGUUUCCGACUUCUGGUGGACUCUACUACGCCACGGCUAUGCUUGCUCCGCCGGGCUACAAAGCUGUGCUUUCGUGGUUUGUCGGCUGGUCCAAUUACUUUGUGCAAGUGACGGGCGCUCCAUCGGUGGCAUACGGCUGUGCCAGCAUGAUUCUGGCGCUCAAGUCGCUCAAUGACCCAGACUAUUCGGCCACCAACUGGCAAACGUAUCUGCUGACCUCGUGUCUGACGUUUGUCUGCUCCAUCAUAGCCUCGCUCCCUACCAAAUGGAUUGCCUGGAUCAAUUCCGGCUCCACUGCGC